AUGUCCGCCGCUGCUCGCACGACCGUCCGAGUGGCAGCAGCCACCGGCACGCCCGGGGGUAUUGCGCGCGCCCCUUCUUCAGGCUCCCCGACAAAGAGCGACCUUGCUGCCGCGGCGCCCUCGCCCUCGGCGACUUCGCCCAGCACCCUCGACCUGGCGAUGCAGCGCGUGCGCCGCGUCCUGCAGGCACGCAGCUGCACGGUGCAGCAGCAGCGCCUCGUCGCCUGCAUCGACGCGCAGCGGCCCGAUGCCGCCGGAAGUGCGCACAGCCGCUGCAGCGAGUAUGCAGAGGCGCUGCAGUUUUGCCAGGGUCACGUGGCGCCGCUGCCCUUCAGCCACCACAGCUUCACCGGCCAGUACAUGAUGUGA